GCUCUCUUCUAUGCCUGUGGAGAUGGAGGUGAAUUCAAUUCCUGCUCAUGGGAAGAGUCUGAAAAAAUGAUCGACUGCGGUUGUUACACAGAAGCGCCGCAUUGGCGCGCAUGACCCGUUUUCACGAGAGCCACGUAAUUUUCCACAUUUGAAGCCAGAGUUAAAUGAAAGAGGGGAUGGAAAGAUAGGGAAGGUGAUAAAGCUCUCAGGAAAGUCACUGCUAACAGUCACCGUUAAAGGCAUAAUGUGCCCUCAGCUAUAACGUCACCGUCUGAGGCAGUCACUUUGGAUAUGGAUGGCUAUCAAUCCAAUGGAUGUCUUCACUUUGAGAAAACUGAAUCGUGUGGUGAUUUUUCUCUUCAGGGUUUCCAUUUAUCCUAUUGCCUCUCGAGUGCGGCGGCCGUGUAUUUCUCCAGGGCUCUUUGCAUGUGUCGGUCUGGUGAUGCACAGUUUGGGCGCGCCUCAGUCCUAUUGAUGUAGAGCUCCAUAUACGUGGCAGAGCAGCCUUUUGGUGGUGUGUUUCAAAUAAUUUAUACAAAUCAUGGCCUACUUCCAUUAUCAUUUGUGUUCUUAAAAAGCCACUUCUCGUGUGUAAAUGCUGCCCGGCAGUAGAAACGCGAUUUAAACGGAAGCUGGAGAAGUGACACUGCAGAUAGAGGGUGCGAGUAGGCGAUUGCAAAAGAUAUGAUCUUUCUGGACAGAUUCAGCGAGGGGGAAGCGGUCUUCGUUUGCUGCGGCCAGAGUUUUUUUGAAGCUGUCGUGCAGCUCUGAGUAUGGCCUCUAGCCCCGCUGAUAAACAGCCUCCGGACACCGAUGAGCUCCCCAUAGUUCCCCCCACAAAUCCCCCUGCCGAGUCCCCGGCCGACCCCGCUGAUCCGGCCGAUCCAGCCGAUUCCAAUAAUGAAGCAAAUGAGCAGAACAACCUGGUCGAAAUUUGCCGAGAGCAGGAUGGCAACAACACAGAAGCUGGUGAGACGGCGACGACGAAGACGACGACAAAAGCUGAAUGCCCCGCCAGCGAAUGGGUCCUCCGUCCGCCGCGUGGCCCAAAGGCUGCCCACGCCGCAUUUGUCGGUCGCGCCAAGAUCCACGGCGUUCGCCACUUCCUGUGGCCCCGGGACGCUGUCACCCGUCGGAUCCUCUGGCUCCUGGCCUUCAUGGCUGCCCUGGGCCUUCUCUUCGCCUGGUCGGCUGACCGCAUCCAGCACCUACUGUCGAGGCCCGCGCACACCAGGGUGAGCACGUCUUGGGUGCGUGGCCUUCCCUUCCCGGCCGUCACCUUCUGCAACAACAACCCCGUUCGCUUUCCUCGGCUCACCAAAUCGGACCUUUAUGUGGCCGGCAUGUGGCUGGGCCUGCUCACUCACGCCGAGUCUCAACAGCCGCAAGCAACCUUUGCGGCGACAGCCACGAACCUCACGGCGAACCCGCACAUGAUGGCCGGUCUCUCAGAGCCGAGGCGGCAGUGGUUUCAGCGGAUGUCUGACUUCUCGCGGUUUCUACCGCCCCGCGAGGCCCCCGGCAUAAGCCAAGGCCUUCUGGACCGCCUGGGACAUCCGCUCGAUGAGAUGGUGCUGUCGUGUCGCUUCUGCGGCCAGGAUUGCAAACCGCAAGAUUUCAUCACCGUGUACACUCGCUAUGGGAAGUGCUAUACGUUCAACUCGGGCAAGGGCGGGCGGCCGCUGCUGACAACGGUGAAAGGCGGCAUGGGGAACGGGCUGGAGAUCAUGCUGGACAUCCAGCAGGAAGAGUACCUUCCUGUGUGGGGCGAAAACGACGAGACUUCGUUUGAGGCCGGGAUUAAGGUGCAGAUCCACAGCCAGGACGAGCCUCCGCUCAUCGACCAACUGGGCUUUGGCGUCUCGCCAGGCUUCCAGACGUUCGUGUCGUGCCAGGAACAGCGGCUGAUUUAUCUUCCGCCACCGUGGGGCGACUGUAAGAGCACGCCCAUCUCCUCGGACUUCUUCGAGACGUACAGCAUCACAGCGUGUCGCAUCGACUGCGAGACGCGAUACCUGGUCGAAAAUUGCAAUUGUCGUAUGGUGCACAUGCCCGGAGAUGCCCCCUACUGUACCCCGGAGCAAUACACGGAAUGUGCCCGCCCUGUACUCGACGUCUUGGUGAAGAGGGACAAUGACUUCUGUUUGUGCGAGACGCCGUGCAACAUGACACGCUACGGGAAGGAACUCUCCAUGGUCAAGAUUCCAAGCAAGGCCUCGGCCAAAUACCUGGCCAAGAAGUACAACAAGACAGAGGCGUACAUCGCGGAAAAUGUGUUGGUGCUGGAUAUCUUCUUCGAAGCCUUGAACUAUGAGACGAUUGAGCAGAAAAAGGCUUAUGAGGUGGCUGGACUUCUCGGGGACAUUGGAGGACAGAUGGGCCUGUUUAUUGGGGCCAGCAUUCUGACCAUCCUGGAGAUAUUUGAUUACGUGUAUGAGUUGAUCAGAGACAAAAUCCUCUUCUACUUUCGAGCCAAGAAGAAGCAAAAGACCGAAAGCAAAGACACCUCCCUGCCCAUGACGGGCCCAUGCGAGGCGCUGCGUGGCCACAGUGAGAGUGCCGGCUACGCGGCCAGCAUGCUGCCCCCUCCGCACCACCACCACCAGCACCACGCCUUGCACCACCACGCGGGCGGCCGGCCCGGCUACGAGGACUUCACCUGCUAGGCGUGGGCCUCGCUCUCUCGCUCCGACGCCCGCUCCGCUCCGCCUCGCCCCACCUGAGCGUGGCUGACACAGCUCCUGGUGGGGCGUGGGGGGUAAAUGCACCUGGAGGGGAGAGUGUUUGCGAGGUGUUGGCGCCUGAAGACAGCGGGGGAAGCGAGGGAGGUGGAGCACAGGCGGCACGGUGGAACGGGCUGCCCGCCAGUCGCUUAAAUGAAUGGCUGCCAACAGGCCUUAUAAGUUCACAAUGUGGCCAUGUUGAGCGGUGGCUGCUGGGAAUGUAGGGCAGAGUGGUUGGGGAGUGUGGAGGUGGAGGGGACAUAUUCUGUGUAAAAAUGUAAUUGACGUUAGCCCAAUUGUAACCACGUAAACCAUCACUGUUCCACGUUCCAUGUCGGGAAGCCACCUCUGCAGAGGAUACCCCUGUACCUUUACUCGUGGUGAUAAAGGUUUACCUAAUUUAUUUUUUUCACAUUUGGUUACAGUCCACUAAUUCUGUAUGGAGUAGCACAAACGUGCUGCAUUACUGUUAAGUGCGCAAUUAGCGUUAAAGGGACGUAUGUCGUUUUCUACUCCAACAGACUCCAACUCUGCCCAUAGCUUCCGAGAAUCAAACAACCACCGUGGCUCUGUACAAAAUCUAACAUGGCACUGCGCAUGAUGUCCCCAUCACUCCGACCGCCGCCCUCCCCGCGUGCUGAAUUAGCCAAGGACAAUCUUUUGUCAACAACACCUCAUAUUGUCUUCUCUCAAGUCUCGCUCGUGCGUAGGGAGUGAGUAAUCUCCAUGCGUCAUCUGUCAUCUCACAAAACCGCAGGGACUUUGCUGGUUAGACUUGACAAUGAACAAAAAAUACAAUGUAUUGAAGUUCGAGCCAAGGUAAUCCUCUUAUAUUUUUUAUAUCUUAUCACAAGCAUAAGAUUGCAAAAGCUGAUUAGAUUACAUUUUAAGUGGUACCUCUUGCAAAUCUUACAACUUGUGAAAAGAAAAUGGUACUCGUGUGCCAUUAACUUUUUAAUUUUUUUGCAAUGCUUAUAGUUUCAAUUUUUGAAGGAAAAACAUGUUAAUAACAGUCGCAUACUUCUAAUUUUACUUGCACACGUAUCACUUUUUUCUCAAUUGUUGUGCGUAACGUUAUGUAAAUUUUCUGCGACACCGUUGGGUCAAAAAGCAUCGUAACCACUGCUUCACAAAUGUACGUUUCUGCGGUGCAUUUCACAGUGAAACAAAACACUACAUUUCUUCGUGGAACGGGCGUGCAGCCAGUGAUGCGUUCGUAUCCUUAAUUACAACAAUAUCUCUAAACGAGCCAGCGACAUGGCUAUGGAGAGUAGCUCCCCUACGCCAAUGUACACGUGGCAAGGGGGUGACGAGGGUUUCCACCUGGAAGGUACAAAAAACGAGAUAUAUCAACGGGAAGAAUAAUAUCUCAAUACCAGAACGAGGGGAGAACUAUUACUACGCUACGGACAAAUUACAGGCAUAUUCGCGUCCUGAUUUUUCUGUACGGCAAAAUGAUAUUCCUGGGUAAACCAGGACAGGUGGCAACCCUCGGGGUGGCUCUUGCGGGCCAUGCGGCUGUAUCCGUGCGCAUCCCAGAUGGUUCGCCGCUGCAUGGUUCAUGUUUUGGGAUGCCAAGAGAGAGCCGCCACCAGCCUGAAUCGCGAUGGAAUUGUCGCAUCGGCCCUGGUUUACUCAAGUCUGCCUUGCAUUUCGUUAAAUGUGUGUGCGCCAUGAUUUGAGCCGUGCAGUGUACAGCGAAACAACUUGCAGAGAAAAAAACCCCGAUGAACCCAUCUUGCCGCGAAGUAAAAUGCCUCACCUUUAUUUUGAAGAAAGCUGUGAAAAUGUCCCGUGAAACUUGUUUCUAACUGUAUGAUAUUUUGUUAUAUAGUAACCAUUCAGUUGCGAUGAACUAGAUUACGCAAAGUAUGCAGCGCAUUCAAAUGUGUGAGAGAGCAGAGUGAUGUUUUUUUGCAUGAAAGAUUGCUGUUGUUUGAAGGGAUACCAUUGAGAUUUACUCUGAAAAGUUCACAAAGUAUACAUUCUCAAGCUAAAAUGACACAAUUAGUCUCCACUGAAGCAUGUAAAGUAUUUUUUGUUUAAAUUACUCAAACAUAUGGAGGGAAAAGAUUUGUAGAUUUAGAAUGAUGCAAAGAACCGGCUGCUGUAAAAUAUCAUACUGAAAUGUUUCCCACUUAUAGCCACCAUUAUAAGUGCACAUUAAUGACUGUAAUUACAUGAGGCUGGGAAACCAGGAGUAUAAUAUGAGAACAUAUUACUCCUGUAGCUGAAAUCUGGGCCGUAUUCAUUUUUUAAAAUCUUUAACACAGCUCAUUUAUUCCAAAGAAGUAGCAGCAAAAAUAUAAGUCUAUUGUCACGGGAAACGAGAAAGUAACACUGUGAGAGUAAUCAUGCUGAUGAAACACAGCAUACCAUUUGUCACCACACCUCCCUUUCCUCGCUUCCAUAGUUCGCUAUUUAUGUAAGCGCACAAGUCGUUGAACUUGUAGGUAAAUUGUCUAUUACAUGUGAUUCUCUGUGUACUGCUUAAAUAGUGUUUGCCAUUUCUGACAAAUACAAGUGUUAAGUACAGUAUUAGCAACAUACUUAAUCAUGCUUUAUUAACGUAUCUUUUUGGCUACCAAAAUUGAUAUGUCAAGAACUGACGUGGCUUAAUUUAAGCAUGUUUUGUACAGUGUAUACAUAUUAUGCAGUGCGCUGUGUAGCAUUGUGGUCACAAAAAACAUAAGUGGCCAUGUUGGACUAAUUUGUAUCAUUAAGUCAAUUAAAAUGUCAUUUAUGCAUGGGGAAUUAAAUAUAAAAUGUGAAUCUUAUUUGCAGGUGCAUCAAUUACGAGCAAAAUUUCUAUGAAAAUCAAUUACAUUUCAGCCAACAUUUGAAAAUGUUUCAGCUGGAGCUAUUCAAACAUUUCUAGGUGGACUUUUAGCACAGAAUUAAACUUUUGAAGAGGCUUUUCAUCGAGGUUUUAGCUCAAAUCUUUCUUUUUUAAACAAAUAAAGCAGGCUCAUGUUACGUUGGUCAAUUUUAUGGUGACCGCAUGAAGUUCUCCUAAAGCCUCGCUUCUAUUGCCAGCAGCUGCGCUCGGAUCUGCCACGUAGCACCCUACACGGUGCGGCGACGUUAUUUUGAAGAACGUGUGGAGCUGACUGCUCUGAUUUACUGUUAACGUGGAGGGCACCAGGGUUAUUCCACUGUAAAAUAAAAUGAAAAUGUCCAUCUUCGCCAGGUUUUGCCAAUGUAACUUUACAGCCUGAGCUGUAUUCAUCGCGGACUGACAUUGGGCCCGGCCGAGUAUGCUCACGAAAUAUUUCAGGUGCAAAUAAUGCAGAAAAACUAUAGCACCGCAUGAGAAACAAAACAUUUAAUUUCUCAUAGAUAUUUUUCAUACAGACAGUUAAAUACCUUGAUAUUGAGAUGCAGUUUCUCAAGAGCUGAUUUUCCACCACCUAAAUUAAAACUAUAAACUAAACUAUUUUUUUUUAUUUUACCAGGUUUGGCCCAUUGAACGAAAUAGCUAUUUUUUCGAAGCGUCCUGGCCACAAAUGAUAGCUCAACGAAGUGACUUAUCGUGUGGAAAUGUAUUGCAGCCAAAUACUCUAAAAGCACGUUUCUAAAUUUAGAGGGAAAAACCAGAGGACCAGAAAAAAUUCCACACGACCACGGAGAGAACAUGCAAACUCCAAAUAUACAACAGGCAUCGGGUCCUGGGUCGAACCAACGACCUCCUGCAUAACAGGCGAGGUAGUUAACAAUCUCACCACCGUGGCACCACCUCUAUAGGUUCAACAAAUGUGACACCAUUACCUAACGUUUAUUAGAACGUGGGGUCGGGGGGGGGGGUCGAAGGUGGACAAUGUCUAUAUGCGUAUUUAUCUGAGAGAUUCCCUCUCCAGCGUAUGCUCUCUCUGUGUGUUGUCUCUUGAGAGCUGCUAGGGAUACCAAUGUUUUCAGCAUGUUAAUUUUUGCCAGUACAAUCAGGGCAGUGUUGAGUCUUCAUCGUGUGAAAGGGGCCCAGUCAAGCCAUGCAUCCCUCAUUGUUUCCAACAGCAACGUGUUUUUUUUUUAUCGCGGAGAUAGUGCUUUGUUUGCUAAGGAACCAUUCCAGCCACUUGCUAAAUUAAAAAUUACAUGUGUUCAUAUAUACAAACGUCAUUCUCGAUCUAAUGGGGUGAAGCUGCGCAUUGUUUUCAGUAUGCUCUGAUUUGCAUGGUAAAAUGAAGAGUAUCAAAAGUAGUUUGUAAUGGCUCAUAUCACUUUAUGUUAGAAAUUAUAUUAAAUAUUCCCGUAUUAUCAUGCUAAUUUUAUUUUAUAGUAAUACUGCAAACAUAACAUUAUAUUUAUAGCAUGCCAUAGAUUCAGUAAAAUUAAAUCAUAAAUAUUCCGCUAUAAGUCAUAUAUAUGCAUAUUUGUAUAUUACAUACAAUAAAGGAAAUGCCUAUUUAUUUCAAAUAUAUUAGCAUCACUGCGCCCGAGUGCAGUACUAAUGAACAGCUGGCAGCCCGUUUAGACUGAGGUUGGAUUCUGUAUAUAUGCGUGGAUUAUUUUUAAUUGAAUGUUGAAUCAAGACGUUGGGUGUUAUGUCAAGCUCAAGGAUGGGCCCUCGCCAAGGUGAGAUUGACGCGGUCUUUGUGGUGGAUUUCACAAACUGGCCAGCGGAGUAGCUAUUUCGACUGUGAAGUUAUUUUCACGUCGAUACCAACUGCGCACCUGUAAAUAGAAACUCUACUGCGGUGACAUUUACGCGGCUCGUAAUCAUUGACAUCCUUGUGAACAUUGACAUCUUCGCCGUAAAACGACGGGGACCCCCCCGCGAGAUGAAGGUAAAGAAACUAAAACUGGCGAACUGUUGGUGGCUGUGCUAUUAUAACAUUUCGGGGGCAGAUCUUUCGUCUCCCCCGUUUUUGAAACAUUUUUGCUCGUUGGAUUGUUAACUGAAGAAAAAGUGGACAUUUUAGUUUGCGUAGCCAAAAUGUAGCUUCGUUGUUACUUGUGUGCAGAUGGAAGGUUUGCGUCUGAGAUAGGGGUGUUUUUUGUUGGUUAUAUAACAAUCUGCUUCGGACACCACCCCCUGUACACGUAUAAUUUAUACGUUCUUAUCUGCUGUACCCCUGCCACCCGUGUUGUUGUCAUGCUCUCACGCUGUUCUCUGGCUCAAUAAAAUGAACAAUCAGUGA